CAUCAAAUUUCCAGACAUUUCGGCCAUACAAAAUGACCUCAUUGUUUACAAACACGUGAGUCAACUACUCAAUUUGUGUUUUACGAAUGUUACAAAUCCGGUUGUCAUGAGUGAAAAUAUAUUUGAUGCAUUUCGUGUAACUGCACCCGAAUUACUGAAGAGACCUAUUAUGAUUAUCCAUAGUAAUUUUGAAGCCAAAGAUGUUCAACUAUAUUUGUCUUCUUAUCCAACGUACGUGUUGUCUGUACGCACCAUUAAAGAAUUGAAGGAACUACUUAAGAAAUUAAUGUGGUCACCUUUCUGGAACAUCGCUUCGACAUUCAUCUUAGUGUUGAAGUCAGAAAAAUGUUAUAUAUCGGCCUUUCAUUUACUCACGAUGUUAUGGGAUUUUAAUUUAUUAUCCUCGUUUGUGGUAUGUCACGAGGUUGGCAAUGGAACAUCACUGUAUACUUUUAACCCAUUCACGAAACGAGCACCAGAUCCGUGGAUUAGUUUGAAGUUAAUUGACAGGCAGAUUCCGCAGUUUACUGUUUACAAACGACCAUUUAUUAAUGAUCUCACAACCUGUGACAAUCUCAACUUUGAUAAGACCAAGUUCUUGGACCGUUAUCCUAUUAAAUUGGCUGCAUCCCACAAAUAUCAUGAUUUCAUAGAGCGAGGGGUAUUUACUCGCAUGAACAUAACUCUGAUUAAAACUAUACUUCGACAGACAGAAAAUUCAGACCCAGUUUUCGAUUCAUUAACUUCCGGUCAAAACGAUAUCAGUCAGGCCCAAUAUGAUGUUAACGACCUGGCAAAUGAAUACGUAGACGUCAUUCCAGUGACUGGUGAGAUGAGUUUUGUUAUCGUAACACAAAAAAGAACUUAUAUGUCACUAGUUCGUGAAAUUGUUAGUGUUUUUGAUCUUUAUUCUGGUAUCGCAGUUAUCGUUAUUCUAUUGAUUAUUACCAUAAUGAUAAUACUGACUAAUGGCUAUCAGAUUCGCUUGGCGUUACUAGAUGUUCUUAAGUCGUUAUUGAGUAUGGGGAUGGAUUCACCUCUCGAUCGAUUCGCGAUGAAAAUUCUUUUUUUUACCGCAUUUUUAUUUGUCUUUACAUUUGGUCCAGCUCUCCAAGGGCAACUAUCCGCGAUCUUAACACGACCACCAUCUUAUAACGUAGAAACACUAAAAGAUCUUUACGAUCAUAAAUACCAUUUACAUUAUGAUGAAGGUUUACACCGAAAAAUAAUAGAAGAAGAAUUGUGGACAACCGUUGAGGAUAUGAGAUUUCUACAUCCUAGUUUAGAAGUAUUUCCGUAUAAGUGUCUGAAAUUAGCCACCCAAGAUGAUACAGUUGCGUGUAUUUAUCCCGACAAUAUGACAAUUAAAUCCGCGUUGCAUAAAAAGAAUUUGUACAUAUCAAAAACAUUUUUGUUUAAAUCAAUUUCUGUCUAUGUGACCCGUAGGCACUGGCCCCUAAAAAAUAGAAUUUAUAAAAGAUUAUUACACGCGAUCGAAUCUGGUUUCCUGCAAAAAAUUUAUAGAACUAUGAUUAAGAAUCCACUGAAAAAAAAGAAAAAAGUUGAUAGAAUUAAAAAAAUUUUAAAGUAUGACGAAGUAGACGCGAUUGAUCUCGAAUAUUUUUAUGUAUUUUUUGCAUUUAUUCAGCUUUUAGCAAUUCUUAUAUUUGGCAUUGAAUAUUUGAUUGCACAAUAUCGACGCCGAAGACAAUGAUUCAAUUGCCCCCUUCGAGAGUUUUUAUCUUAAAAUUUUUAUUUUUGUACUUCAAUAUCAACAAUUGAUUCACUUUUAGAAUUUUUAUGCAAAUAAAUUAUACAUCUUAUUGCAAUCUUUUUUUUUCAACAUGGAUGACAAUAAUAUAUAUUUUCACCAGUGGGUAUAUAUGUAACUUGCACGAUAUUUUCAUUAACAAAUCGAUAAAUUAUUAUAAUACUUU